CGAGCGCAUCCACUUCUGCGCUGCUUCCAGUUGCGCGCAGAGGAGGCUCCGUCGCACAAACCAAACGGGUCUGUGGAGUUUAUCCACUGAGCAGAAUAAACACGGACAGAGUCACGCGUGGAUAAAAACACGCCUACACAUGCAUUACAACAACACACAGACCGGUCCGUGGCUCUUAAUCACUCGCCGGGUUUGGGACACGGGACGCGUUCGGAACUGCUGAAGCUCGUCCCGGUGCGACUCUGCUGAAGCGGAAUAAAAACAAACCGGAUCAGAAGAACCGAACAGGAGGAUAAACUGAGAAUCCACCGACAACAUGGUUCGUUUCGGCCCGACUCUGCGCCGUUACGCGCGCGGACCGGCUGUCAUAUUCACCUGUUGAAGUUGCCCGACGCGCUCCACUUUCCGCCUCUGAACGGGACGAUCCGCCGGAAAACCCAGGCUUUUCUUUUCUCCACAUGUCACCAGAGCCGGCUCAAACCCGUCCUCAGGUCUGCGUGAUGCUUGGAUUCCCGGUUAUGUUGUAGGAUGAGCGCUGAUCUGGAGCGCGUUUCGCUCAACACAUCCGUGAACGCGGCCGGCUCCGGUGGCCGUGCGCUCUCGGCGAACGUCCGGAGGCUCCACAACACCCUCAACCUGCUGCUCAGCGACCUGGAACGGGAGCAGUUCAUCCACUGUCUCAAUGUGUACCACGCCAAACGCAACGUCUUCGACCUGGUCCAAACUCUCAAAGUGAUCCUCAACACGGCCGCCAAACGCCAGCUGCUGCCCAUGCUGCGCCUGGUCAUCCCGCGCUCCGACCAGCUGCUGUUCGACCAGUACACCUCCGAGGGGCUCUACCUGAAGUCCGACCUGCUCCCCAGCAACGGCAGCGCGGAGUGCUUCGGAGAUGAAGCCGAUUCCACGCUGCAGAAGUAUGUGAGCUCCAUCCACGAACAGCCGCCCCUGGCCUCUGGAUGCCCGGACGCGGACCUCAUGGGGUCCCCCUUCAUGGACGGGCUCUUUGGAGACAUGCGUAAAGUCACACUGACGCGCACCAGGAGCCAUGAGGGUCUGGGCUUCAGCAUCCGUGGGGGGUCGGAGCACGGCGUGGGGAUCUACGUGUCCCUGGUGGAGCCGGGCUCGUCUGCGGAGAGGGAAGGACUGAGGGUCGGGGACCAGAUAGUGACCGUGAAUGACGUGCUGUUCGAUGGAGUCACCCACAUUGAUGCGGUGAAGGUGCUGAAGGGAUGUAAGAAGCUGGCUCUGUCGGUUUGCUCCAUGGGUCGGAUCCCCGGCGGGUACAUCACCAACCACGUGUACAGCUGGGUGGACCCCCAGGGCCGGAGCGUGUCCCCGCCACCGGACACCCAGGAGGCCAGCCAGAGGCAAGGCAUGGACGAACGGACGGUCAACCUGAACAUGGACGACGGCCGAUCCCUGGGCCUCAUGAUCAGAGGAGGUGCUGAGUAUGGACUGGGCAUCUACAUCACCGGAGUGGACCCUGGAUCUGCUGCCGACGCCGGUGCUUUGAAGGUCGGCGACCAAAUCCUGGAGGUCAACGGUCAGAGCUUCGUCACCAUCUCCCACGACGAGGCGGUCCACAUCCUGAAAACGGGCCACCACCUGCUGAUGAAGGUGAGGGACGUGGGUCGUCUUCCUCACGCUCGCACUGUGGUGGAUGAGACCAAAUGGAUCAGCAGCCAGACCAUCGCCGAGAGCAACGCCACAGCCAAUCCCAGCCCCGCCCCCAACCCCGGGGUCAACGCCGCCGUCCACUCGGCUGUCAGCGCCAACGCCUGCAACACCAGACCUUCAUCAGCCAGAGCUACACCUGUAUCAGCAAAGUCGGCGGCGUACAGGGGUGUGGGCCCCCCAGGAGCCCAGGUGUCUCUGGAGCAGCAGGCCUACAUGCUACUGACGGAGCCAGAGAGGCAGACCAUGGUGUAUUACCUGCAGGAGUACCAGGAAGGACACAUCGGAGUGGAGCCGCUGGCCAUGGCUCUGUUUGAGCUCUUCAACACCCACGCAAAGUUGUCCAUGCUGUCUGAGGUGAGGGGUCUGGUAGCCCCCCAGGACCUGGAGCUGUAUGACAGACUGGUGUUGCACCGUGAGCGGGAAGCCCACCAGGCCUGGCACGGGGGUCUGGGCGUCCUGCAUCCACAGGGACACUGCAUCCACACGGCCUCGGUGAGCCACGAUACCGGACACACUACCGCCGCCCAGACGGACGGCUCCGCUGGUGGCUGGACGGAAAAAGACCAGGAGGACAACACUAAUGCCUUACAAAACAUUGCACUGGAUGACAUGCAGGCGUCUGUUGAGUCUCCGCCCCCCUGCCGCUCUGUUGCUCUUCAGCCCCAGAACCGACCGUCCAGGGACAAGGAGCUGAACCGGAAGCCUUCGACCCGGAUGGUGCAGCCCGGCUCCGGCCUGCACUUCACCGGCCCCACCCGGCUGCUCCAGGACUGCCUCCACAGGUCGCUCAAGUCCCUCCCCACCAGCCACCAGCCCUCCCCCGCCGCCUCCCCCAUCCCCGGACACCACACCUGCACCGGUACGGCCCACCACACCUCCUUCAACGCCCUCCACCACACCUGCCAGAGCUCCCUCCAGCUGUCAGACUCGGAGCACCACGCUCACCCUCACUUGGCUCACCACUUCCACCACCACGCCGGACACCACAGCCGGCCCAGCUCGGGUCACCACACCUGCCCCGGCUUCCUGCACCACCGCGACUCCUCCAGUUCCAUGAAGGUUGAGACGUCCGUUAAACUAGCGUCCAGGUCCAGCUCCUACGAGAAGUCGUCCAUCCUGUCCAAGUCGGGGUCAUCUUCCAAAGCGGGGUCUCCCAUGCCGUCCCCUCACCCGUCGCCUCACCCCUCCCCUUGUCCCUCCCCCUGCCCGUCCCUCAUCACACCGGCUGCUCCGCCCUGUAGCCCCGACCGGCCCUGUUCGCCAGCCCUCAGCCAGAAGGUCAUGGUAACGGACAUGAACCGGCUGUCUGCAGACUCCAGACCACAGCAGAGAGGGGCCACUCUGUCCCAGCUGUCCGACAGUGGACAGACUCUGAGUGAGGACAGCGGGGUGGACAUCGCAGAGGCCGGAGGACUCAGUAAGGACGGCAGCCCCAGACCCACCAAGAACCAGCAGGGCCACGUGGAGCAGCCGGGGGCCCACGCAGCCCCCCCAGGGGUCGCCAGACAGAACGUGUCUCCGGUGCCCAUGCCCGCCGCCAUCCUGGUACGAGUGGUGAAAAACGCCAACACCCUCGGCAUCGCUAUAGAGGGAGGAGCCAACACACGCCAACCGCUACCACGAAUAGUGACGAUACAGAAAGGAGGCUCGGCCCAUAACUGUGGUCAGCUGAAGGUGGGUCAGGUGAUCCUGGAGGUCAACGGCGUUUCCCUGAGAGGCCGCGAGCACAAGGACGCCGCUCGGAUCAUCGCCGAGGCCUUCAAGACCAAAGACAAGGACCACAUUGACUUCCUGGUUCUGGAGCUGGGACUCUAAUAUGAGACCGAGACUCUGCCCCCCCACAUGCAGCUUGGCUUGUAUGACGUUGUCCUAUAAUCAACCCCUUCAUUUGAUUUUCAGGGACAUGGAAGUGGAAAGACGUGUCAGGUAUUUGUCGAUUGCACUCUACAGAGUUUUGCACAAUUUAAAAGAAAGAGGUGUUAAAUAUAAAUAUAUAUAAAUAUAUAUUUAUAUAUAUAUAUAUAUGAUGCUGUGUAAGUU